AUGGACCAGAAAGGAGUUCAGCUGUACAGAGAGAACUUUACUUGUUCAAUCUGUCUGGAUCUACCGAAGGACCCGGUGACUAUUCCAUGUGGACAUACCUACUGUAUGAACUGUAUUAAAUUACAAUGGGAUGGAGAAGCUCGGAGGAAGAUCUUCAGCUGCCCUCAGUGCAGACAGACUUUCAAACGGAGGCCUGUCCUGAAGAAAAACACCAUGUUAGCAGCUUUAGUGGAGCAGCUGAAGACUGGACCACAAGCUGCUGCUGCUGAUCAUUGCUAUGCUGGACCUGAAGAUGUGGCCUGUGAUGUCUGCACUGGGAGGAAGCUGAAAGCCCUCAAGUCCUGUCUGACUUGUCUGUCCUCUUACUGUGAGAAUCACCUCCAGCUUCAUUAUGAUGCACCUCCAUUUAAGAAACACAAGCUGGUCGACCCCUCCAAGAAGCUCCAGGAGAAAAUCUGCUCUCUUCAUGAUGAGGUGAUGAAGAUGUUCUGUCGUACUGAUCAGCAGAUAAUCUGUUAUCUCUGCUCUGUAAAUGAACAUAAAGGCCAUGACACAGUCUCAGCUGCAGCAGAAAGGACUGAGAGGCAGAGAGAGCUCGAGGUGAGUCGACUCAACAUCCAGCAGAUAAUCCAGGACAGAGAGAAAGAUGUGGAGCUGCUUCAACAGGAGGUGGAGGCUGUCACGCUCUCUGCUGAUAAAUUAGUGGAGGACAAUGAGAAGAUCUCCAGUGAACUGAUCCGUCUCUUCCACAAAAGAAGCUCUGAUGUGAAGCAGCAGAUCAGAUCCCAGCAGGAAACUGAAGUGAGUCGAGUCAAAGAGCUUCAGGAGAAGCUGCAGCAGGAGAUCACUGAGCUGAUGAGGAAAGACGCUAAACUGAAGCAGCUUUCACAUACAGAGGAUCACAACCAGUUUCUACACAACUACCCCUCAGUGUCACAACUCAGUGCACCUACAGACUCAUCCAGCAUCAAUAUCCGUCCUCUGAGAUACUUUGAGGAUGUGACAGCAGCUGUGUCAGAGCUCAGAGAUAAAUUACAGGACAUGCUGAAGGACAAAUGGACAAACAUCUCACUGACUGAGACUGAAGUGGAUGUUUUACUGUCAGAACCAGAACCAGAGCCCAAGACCAGAGCUGAGUUCCUAAAAUAUUCAUGUGAAAUCACUCUGGAUCCAAACACAGCAAACAGAAACGUGUUAUUAUCUGAGGGGAACAGAAAAGCAGAAGUAACAAGCCAAACACAGUCUUAUCCUAGUCAUCCAGAUAGAUUCGAUGGUUAUUGGGUUCAGAUCCUGAGCAAAGAGAGUCUGACUGGACGUUGUUACUGGGAAGUGGAGUGGGGAGGGGAAGGAGUUGAUAUAGCACUGGCAUACAAGAAAAUCAAGAGAUCAGGAAACUCAAAUCAAUGUAGAUUUGGAUUUAAUAAAAAUUCUUGUACUUUUAGAUGUGACAUUGAUGCUCAUGAGUUUAUUUCGAACGGAAACUUGUCUCGCGUCUCAGGUCCUGUUUCCUCCAGAGUCGGCGUGUACCUGGAUCACAGCGCAGGUAUUCUGUCCUUCUACAGCAUCUCUGAAACCAUGACUCUCCUCCACAGAUUCCAGACCACAUUCACUCAUCCU